GCGCUGAUGACGCCGCGGAGGAGGUUCAACAGACAGGACUUUCUCUCUUCUUCUCCUUCUUCUACUCGGUCUCCUGUUGGCAGACAGACAGAGAGAGUGAGACAGACAGGGAGAGAGACAGACAAAGGGCUCCAGCCAGAUAGCCCUCCUCAUAUAUCCAGGACACCGCAGCUUUUUCAGACGCAACUUCAAGUCAAAGCUCGCGGAGAGAAAACAGCUGUCAGUCCCGCUGCGCCCUGCACGGUCCUCCGAGAGGAUCCACCGGCGGUUUGGGACCCAAAGAAACCGCGUUUAAAGCCACUGAUCAGGGGAACAAUGAAGAUGCUCCUGCCUCUGGUAAUCCUUCAGCUGCUCUUGGCUCCAGCGCUCAUGGUGCCCAGUGUGGAUCGCUGGGACACGUGGGGUCCUUACGGAGAAUGCAGCCGGAGCUGUGGUGGCGGUGUGACCAUGAGAACCAGACGCUGUAUCACACACAGGGCUGACGGAGGACACAACUGUGUUGGACCAGAGAAGUCUUACCGCACCUGCAACAUCCAGGACUGUCCCGAGGGAUCCAAGGAUUUCCGUGAGGAGCAGUGCUCCGCGUUUGAUGGGACUGACUUCCAGGGAAAACUCUACAAGUGGCUCCCUUAUUAUGGAGCUGAGAACCCCUGUGAGCUGAACUGCAUUCCAAGAGGAGAAAACUUUUUCUAUCGUCACCGCAGCUCUGUGGUCGAUGGUACGCCCUGUCACCCAGGACGCAGGGACGUUUGUGUGGAGGGAGUCUGCAAGCGUCUGGGCUGUGACAACAUGCUGGAGUCCCCUCAGCAGGAGGACCCCUGCCUGCAGUGUGGGGGGAACGGACAGUCGUGCUACCAGGUCAAGAACAGCUUCUCUCUCCGCGAUCUGCCAACUGGCUACAACCAGAUGUUCAUCAUCCCCGUUGGAGCCACAACUAUCAGCAUCAGAGAAACAGUGGCCACACGCAACUACCUGGCUAUCAAGAACCUGCGUGGGGAAUACUACCUCAAUGGCCACUGGGUAAUUGAGUUUUCCAGGGCGACACCCAUCGCUGGAACGAUGCUGUACUACCAGAGAGGAGCUGAGGGCGACAACGUCCCUGAAACCAUCAUCGGCAGAGGCCCCACCACUGAACCCCUCGUUGUUGAGCUGAUCAGCCAGGAGCCAAACCAAGGUGUGGACUACGAAUUCUAUCUUCCCAAUGGACGCUCCAGACAGGGCUACUUCUGGAGUUCUGGAUCCUGGUCUGUCUGCAGCAGAGAGUGUGGAUCAGGCUACCAGUCUCGUCUGGUCUUCUGCACCAUUGAUAACGAGGCUUACCCCGACUAUCUGUGUGCAUCUCUGGCGAGACCACAGACCAACCGUACAUGCAACCCCCAGGCAUGCCCACAGACCCGCAGCUGGAAAACCGGAGAGUGGAACACCUGCUCGGUGACCUGUGGUGGAGGCUCUCAGGUGCGCAGCGUGCAGUGCAUCUCCCACGAUGCUGCUGGCCCCCGCGUGGUGGAGGAUGCCAUGUGUGCUGCCUACACAGAAGCACCACCCUCACUGCAGACCUGCAACAUGCAAAUGUGUGCAGAGUAUCAAGUGUCUAGGUGGAGCGCGUGCUCAGUGACCUGCGGUACAGGCCAGCAGACCAGGGACGUCACCUGUGUCGGUACAGGAGGAAUGAGGCUGGAGGAAACUUCCUGCAGCAAUCUGGUCCGCCCCACUGCCACCCGCUCCUGUGAGAUGGCAGCCUGCCUGAGACAGAUCAGCUGGCACGUUGGAGACUGGGGACUGUGCACUAAGAGCUGUGGCUCCGGCACACGAGAGCGGCAGGUGAUCUGCUCAGACCAAGACAGGAACCUGUACCCUGCGAGAGAGUGUAAUGUCAAUCCUAAACCCUCCACCACGGAGCGCUGCAACACCCAGUCCUGCUACAGCCCACAAUCGGUUCCCAGCGUCCAGGACACACGAGGAUACGACAACACACAUACUGUUUUCCAGCCCUACGUGCCGGACCACUCAACAGCCCGCAGGCCUGAGACGGAUCUGACCCAGACGAACACAGUCUACGACCCUCACGGCUCCGCCCCUGCCCUCCACUGCAGCCAGUCCUAUUAUGGCUGCUGCCCAGAUGGACGCACUUCAGCCGGGGGCCCCCAGGGUCUGGGCUGCCCAUAUGCCCCAGCUCCCACUCCUGUCCGGCCACAAUGCGUCCAGACCAGUUAUGGCUGCUGCCGAGACGGAGUGACGGCUGCUCAGGGCCCCAACAGGGAGGGCUGCGUGGAGUAUGUGGCCCCUGCACCCACUGCUGCUUCUUCUCUUCCCACUGAGAAUGCAGCACAGUGCAAACUCACCACCUACGGGUGCUGUUAUGACCGCACCACACCUGCAGAUGGACCCAAUGGGGAGGGCUGCCCUGACCCACCCAACAACAUUGAGCGCUCCAUCUGCUCCCUGCCUCGUGCCGCCGGCUCCUGCAGCAUCUGGAUAUCACGCUACCACUACGAUGUCAUCACCUCCAAGUGCGUGCACUUCUGGUACGGAAGUUGCCACGGCAACAGCAACAACUUCAUGAACCGGGCUGAGUGCCAGAGGGCGUGCAGGCAGGGGAGCCAGCAGGGCCCUGCACCCGUCGCUCCUGCCGCACAGCCAACUCCUAGAAGAGAACCCACCUCCAGACGGACCUCAUCUGGAGGAGGAUCCAGAGCAGGUGGAUCCACCUCUGGAGGGUCGACAGGUGGAGGGUCACGCAACAUGGGGAGGAUUUUCACAGUCCAGGGAGGCUCGAACAGCGGCACAGGCAGACAGGCCACAAGCGCCGCCACACACGCACACAGAGCUAGAGUGUACCUCCACACACGCCGGCCUGCCUCUGGUACUGCUGCACAGCACACAGGCCCAGCAGCGAGUCUGACCUUAGGAGGAGUGACCAUUGAUAAGACCGACCCGUCCAUGGUGGAGGCUUUAGUGGGCCAGACAGUUGUGCUGCCCUGCAGAGUCAGCCCGCCGCCGUCCUCCACUGUCAUCGUGGAGUGGAGAAGAGAUGGCAUCCCUUUGUCUACUCACAGGCAUCACCAGCAGCCCAACGGUUCUCUGUUGGUCGGUCCUCUCACUAAGCUGGAUUCUGGGUGGUUCUUGUGCGUGGCGACUCGGGAACAGGAGAGAGAUCACCGCUACAUUUACCUGUCUGUCACAGAGGGAUCAUCUCAGCCGGUUCCUACCUCACUGCCCAGAGAUGGUCCUUUCCCUCGGUUCAGUAUCGAGCGGUCGAGCUCCUCUUUGCUGGAAAUGCGAGCCGGACAAACUGCCAGACUGUCCUGCACGAUCGUCCCUCCAUCAGCUCUUCAGUCUGUCAGCAUUCAGUGGACUAAAGACGGACAGAUCCUCAGUGACCCCAGGUUUACCCAGAACUCAGAUGGCGCGCUGACCAUCGGCUCCCUGACGUCUGCCGACUCUGGUGUUUACACGUGCACAGCCUCCAGUCAGCAACAGCUGGAGCAGAGGCAGCUGCAGCUCAGAGUCCAAGCCGACCUGAAGAUCACCACAGCUCCUAAUAACAUCCAGGUGGCUGAAGGCAGCACAGCUCUGCUCCCCUGUGUGGUGUCAGGAGACAACGUCAACAUACGCUGGUCCAGGAAUGGUGUACCAGUGCGUCCAGACGGUCGUGACAUCCUAUUGUCCUCUGACGGCAGCCUGAUCCUGAAUAACGUAAAGCCUUCAGACGAGGGAACAUAUACCUGUAACGCUUACACAGGCAUCUACUCUGUGAGCGCAACGGCUGAAGUUAAAAUCACUAAAGACACGCAUCAAGGUGUUGAUGUUCCUCCAGAAUGUGUGGACCAGCCCGAGCUUGCCAACUGCGAGCUAAUCGUUUACGCCCGACUUUGCUCCAACUCGUACUACUCCAGCUUCUGCUGUGCCAGCUGUACCAGGCAUUCACAGAGGAACGACAGGUUUGGUCGGCUAGGCUGAGGCCGCAGAGGGUUUUAAAAACUGUGGGACGGGAGGGAGAGGGAUACAGGAGGGAGGGAUAGUGAUUGAAACAUUGAAGCUGUUUUCGGAGGACUGCAUUUUGAAAACCUUCCAACACUGAACUUUUGCCAAAAGGACUCGAAACACUUAAAUCUGACCAGGUUGUGCAGAAUCACAAUUCAAGACUGAAAUAAGGGGUCGAUUACAGUAGAUGUAGGUAAAUCUGAGUUCAGGGAGUCUGUUUGAACACUGCUGCAUUAAACACUGAAUAUAUGAAUACUUUAAAGGUUCUGUAUGUAACUUGUGACACGUAUUAAUCACAUUUUAUUGCUCAUUGGAUAAUGAACGUUAACAUUAACUUAGAACUUAGAAACUGAGACCUUCCCCAACUUUCUUGGUUGCCUCUGACCACCUGUGGACUGAUUUCUAUGUAAAAGUCUUAAGAAGAAUUUUCCUGGAAAAUCCAAAAGAUGUGACGUUUAUGCUGCGUUCACACCAGUCAGGCAGACGGAAGACUGAACAGCUUUUGGAUGGCAUGGGAAAAACAAACAGUCUGUCGAAAUGGCAGGACGCAGGCUGUGAACGCAGCAUUGUGUGCGCUCCAAAGUGUCUUGUCUCUACAGCUCUAACAGUGUGCAGCAGUAGCUAAUGUUAGAUUAAAAUUGGUGUCGACAAACACCAUAAAUCCUCGAGGAAACACUGACGUGAAAUAUAUUGUGAUAUUGUGGUUUUAGCUAGCUAAUGUUAGCUAACAUUACCUUGCUCGCUAAGGAAGGCGAUUUGCGAGCUAGCUAACGUAGCACAGUGCUGUACUGAGUAGAUAAACUCAGCUUAUUCAUCCAAACUCCCAGGGCUGGUUUUCAAAUUACUUUAUUAGCCAAUGUUAUGAAGCAACCAAUGGCAGAUCCAGUGCAGCUAAGUUGCAGCUAGCUGGGCUGUCGAACGAGCUAACCAUAACCAAAGCUAAGGUUAGCCGGCUAGCCGUAAAUGAGCAGGGAGGCAAGGAUAAGCCAUUGGUUGCCUCAAAAUGUCAGCUCCAUCCAUUUCCAUCCAUCCAUCUAUUUCCAUCCAUCCAUCCAUCCAUUUCCAUCCAUUUCCAUCCAUCCACAUAUCCGGGGCUGGGUCGCUUGGGCAGCAGGCCAAGCAAAGCAACCCACAUGACCCUCUCCUGAGUGACACUUUCCAGCUCCUCCUGGGGGACCCCAGGGUGUUCCCAGGCCAUAUGAGAUAUGUAAUCCCUCCAGCGUGUUCUGGGUCUGCCCCGGGGCCUCCUGCAGUGGGACGUGCCCAGAACACCUCUAACAGGAGGCAUCCUAACGUCAGCUGAUAAAGUAAUUUGUAGCCUACAAAGCAAGAAUUCUGGAGAAUUUUUCCGUGAAAAUCCAAACGAUGUGACCUUUACGUGCGCUCCUGAGUGCCUUACUUUUCUUCAGCUCCCCUACAGCACCAAUAGUGUCCAAUUAACGUUAGCUCAGAAACGAUGUCCCCUAACAUUAACAAACAAUAAAUAUCCUAGAGGAAACACUGACGUUGGGGUUGAAGCUACUUAGUAUCAGGGAGUCAGUGGUCCUGAUUUGGUCCACAUUUGGAAAUGCUCACUCCAAACACCGUAGCGUACUCAGGCGAAAGCCGGACCGCUUGAAAUUCGGAGCACUGUUGGAAUGUACUGUUUGGUUAUUCAGAGCACCACACUCUCAGAGCGCCAAGCAAAGUCAAUGUGUGAUUAACUUAACCGUUCAUUUAUUUAUGUAGAAAUAGAAUGCUCUGUUUCUUCAACCAACAGGGCUCUCAUUUUAAUGUAGAGCGUCAAAUUAGAUUUACGAACAAACCCUAAAUGUUUAUUUUCCAGCCCUCUGUCAACAUGAUGAUCUCAAUCAGGUUCAGUCUCUUGUUUGUGAUGUCAUUGUUUUGGUCAAUGCUCAGGCAACAGGUUGCUGACACAGUUCGCUUAACAGCCUCAGAGAGCAGUGUCACGAAAAACAAGGAUUUAGGGAACGUUACAUACAGAACCUUUAAAACAGACCUUAAAAUUAUACAUGUAAACCUGUAAAGUCCUUUAAAUGUGAUGAAGCAAAAGUUUCUUUGUUGUUUUCCCUCUGCCACAUCUUUAAUAUAAGUUAUUUACUCUCUGGACCUCCUGUACAUGUUCUCUGUUUUCUAGAGGAUUAUCUUACUGUCAGGUCAUGAAAAGGAUUUAACAUGUAAAUCCAGUGAAACGGUCCCGUCUCUGCUGUGCUGUUUUGACCACUGCUCUUUUUUUAAAUCAAUAUUUUUUGGCAUCUCACUGAUAAAGGGUUGUAUU